AAGCAAAAUGUGCGCUCUUCUGAUCUUGUAGACAAAUUCGCUUAAAAAUUCUACACGCACGUUAGACGAGUUAAAAAAUGACCGAACAGACCAAUGGAGCACAAGCUGAAAGGAUAGAAAAGCUCCUUGAGCAGGCAACGAAACUUACAAAAGCUGGUUCCCUGCUGGAAGCACACAAUACAUUAAGGGAAGCUAACUCGCUUGAUCGAAAUAACCCAAGGAUACAGCAGGCAUUUGCAGACUUGAAGGAUGCUGAAAAUGGUAAGCCCAUCGUCGCCCUGUGCGAGAAGUGGCUGCACACCAAGGAUGACGAUGACGGCGAAAGAGCGCUAGACUAUCUGCACUCACACAGCAUCAGCGACGAAUUUUCAUCACAAGCUAUGGCAGUGAUGAUGCGAUACCAAGGCGACUUGGACAUGGCGGACCAGAUCACGAGUGCGCUGCUCAAGUUGCGAGGGGCUCAAAAGUAUCUUGCCAAGCAGAUGGUUGACGCGCCUACUGUGACGUAUAGAAACGUUUAUGACUGGGGCGAUGAUAGCAUCAAUGCCCUCAACGCAAUCUUGCUGGAUCCAAAUGUGUGGGACUCGGAAAAAGACCGCAUUGCGGCGGAGCGGGACGUUUUCCAGCUCGCGUUGGCACAGAUGAUGCGGGCGGGCGAAGACCACCCAGAGAGGGCGAUGAGGAGCAUCUCGAGAAUGCUUUCCGUGGAAUCGUCUCAUUUAAAAGGCCUCAUUGAUGCUGAUGGCUUCGAUAUCAUCCUGGUACAUCUAGACAUUCGGUUACCAGAAUCUCUGCGGAGAGAAGCUACGAUUGCUACUUCAAAAUUAUUCGAAUUGGCCCCGGAGAGUGCCGAGACACUCAUUUCUCAAUUCGUGGUCAACAGGAUAAAGAAACCGACUGCAGAUUCGCUCAUCGUUUCUCUUUCAGCGGCUGCUGCAGUCUUCCCCAUGGCUCCUUCGGCGGCGGAGAAGCUUUUUCUCCAGGAAGGAUUUCUUACGUCCUUCAUCCGACUGGUCCAGAAAUGGAAGUCUGCACGUCUGGAGCAGGCUGCACUCAAUCUGCUUGAUAUCGCAUGCAUGACCAAGCCUGCUCGUGACGGUAUUCGAGAACACUGCUAUGAUUGGAUCCAAGAAUUUGCGGAGAAUCUGAAAGACCAAAAGAAGAGCAUGCAGGCACGAAAGAUUCUGAUGAAACUGAAAAGCGACUCGAAAGAGGAUUGGGACCAACAAGCAAGCAGUAUUUCGCGAUUGAUCGUCAAGGCACACAAGGAAGGGAACAUGGCGAGCCCGGAGUCUGAACAGGAGAUGAAGGAUGCACUGGAGGGACUUGCAAUGUGCAUGCUCAAGUCCGCAAAGGUGCGGGACGAAUGCGGCAAUGAUAUAUCGCUCUUGGCUGCUCUCGCAGCGGCAAUCGAAGUGCAAAAGUACAUGUUCAGCGCCUUGCAGGUGCUGGCGUACGCGAGUGCAUAUCGUCCCCGCAUGUCAGAUGAACAAAAGAAGAUGCAGCAAUUACAAGCGUAUGCUGCGAACUCUCAAGUUCCCCCGCCAAAUCCGCUCGAUGACGACGACCACGUCACAAAGCGAUGCAGAAAGAUUGUGGAAGCGAAGGUGGUGUCUCAUAUUGUAAAAGCUGCGCCUAGAGCGACACAUCUUAGUGCUUCGCUGGCUGUGCAAAUCAUCAACUCGCUCUCCUUUGACAAAAAGCAUAGAGGAAUGUUGGCUCAGCAAGGCGCAGUAAGGAUUUUGGCCAAGUUAUGGGAGGCGGCAAAGCAAUAUGCGGACCAAAAAGAGUCGAUUUCCACUCAAAUACCGGCAUGCAAUGCUGUAGCUCGUAUACUCAUUUCCACUGACCCGACGGUAUAUUUUACAGGCGAAGCAAGGAAAGAGCAGAUCUUGCCAACAUGUGCGAAGAUGCUCCAGCAGCUAAUCUCACAUGAACCAGACGAUGACGGCCCGCGGAACUGGUUACCCACGUUCGAGGCUCUCCUCGCACUAACAAAUCUUGCAAGCUUGGAAGACAUGGCCUUCAAAGAAGCUAUCGCAAAGGACAGUUUUGUGAAAAUAGAGGACCUCUUACUGAGUUCAAACCAUAAUAUACGCAUGCGGGCCAUGGAGCUUCUGACGAACUUGUCUUACACGCCUACGGUUUUGUCCAUGUUUUCAACUGAUAUGCGAGCAAAGCAGCGCCUAGAUAUUGUUCUUGCGCUUGUUACAGCCGCUGAAAAGGGAACGAGGCUGGCUGCGCUUGGUUCAUUGUGUAUGAUGACCGAAGCUUCCGAGACUGUAUCCCGCGCAUUCAUCCGGAACGAGAAGUCUAAAGCCAUGGCAACGCGUAUUAUCGAUCCACCUGUUGAAGAUGUUGAACUUGCUGAACCGGUCGGCGAGGAUGAGCAAUAUCGGCUCUGCUACUUGAUUAGAACGCUUGCGAACAGUGCUGAAGUAGAUAUGAAGCGCUGGGUGACGGAGUGGGCAAGUGGUCCGGCAAGAAAUGGGGAGGGGACAGUUGCGGGAAGAGCUGCGAUGCUCAUGCUUACGACGCAAAAUCAAGAGAUGAGAGAUAUCUUGACGCAGUGCCUGUUAAAGGACGUGCAGCUAAGCGAAGACGAGAAGGCAGCACUGGUCGUGAAGGUCAAAGAGUUGGGCCUUGGAUCCUAAGAAGUCUUCCAUUACGUGGCGUCAAUUAUUUUCGCAACAAUAUUUUUGCAAUUCGCAGUCAUUUACUGCUCUUUGGAUGAAAGCAAGAUCUCAACCGUGCCCGAAUCAUUACAUUACCC